AUGAAAUUCCUCUCUGUUGCUCUCGUUCUCAGUGCGGCGUUUGUCGAGCAGACGCUUGCCCAUUACCGGUUCUACAAGUUCAUCAAUGCCGGGACUGUCGGUGCCGAAUACGUCGGUAUCCGCACGAACACCAACACCAACUCUCCCGUAGUGGAUGUGACCUCUAAUGACAUGCGCUGCAAUGUCGGCGGUCUCGCUUCUGCAUCCUCCACCUCGACCAUCGCCGUCACCGCCGGGAAUACCAUCGGUUUUCAGGCUGAUAUUGCGGUCUUCCACCCCGGUGCGUUCAACAUCUACAUGGCCAAAGCCCCAAGCACUGCAGCUGCCUUUGAUGGCUCUGGCUCCGUGUGGUUCCGUGUAUGGGAGCGGGGCGCAACUUCCAUCACCAGCGAUGCUAUCACUUUUGAUACCACCUCCAGUACUUUCACCUUCACUGUCCCAAAGAGCUUGCCCAACGGCGAGUACUUGGUCAGAAUUGAACAUAUUGCCAUUCAUGGAGCGUCCUCAUUCGGUGGUGCCCAGUUCUACAUCUCGUGUGCGCAGAUCAGUGUUACUGGCGGUGGCUCAGGGUCUCCAAGCCCGAAGGUGGCUAUCCCCGGUGUAUACACUGGAAAUGAGCCUGGUAUCUUGAUCAACAUCUACUGGCCUAUUCCCACGAGCUACACUGUUCCUGGACCUACCAUCUGGUCUGGCUAG